AUGCCCGACGCCAAUCUCGAUUUGGCGGAGACCUACUUCCAUGCUGCAAAGCAGAGAUUCGGGUUUCUGCACACUUCUCCCACGGAUAUUCAGUGCUUCCUUCUUGCUGGGAGUUACCACAGACAUGCCAUUCGCCCUCUACAGGCCUGGUUUUGUUAUCAGCAGGCAGCUUGCAGACUAGAAGUUCGUCUGCGGUCUCUGUGUAGAGAGCAAUGGACCGCUGAUGAUAACUACCAUAAUCUGGAGUCACGACUAUACUGGUCAUGUAUUCAGGUAGAACAUGAGAUGCAAGCCGAGCUUCCUCUUUGGGGUAGUGGGCUUGAAAGCCUGGGCUAUUCAGAUCCCUUCCCCAAAUUCAACCGCAGGGCUGCUCCCGCCUCAUACGAUGAGAUGGAAGAAGAUCAGGAUUUCUCGGUCAAGCCCGCAUUUGAACUAGACGGUACCGAAGAGGAGAGAGGCUGGAAGUUCUACAUCGCAUCUAUCUGCAACCGCCGCACCAUCAAUGACCUAACGUGUGACAUGUGGCGCCAAGGGGAAAAGGCGUGGGCUAAAGACAUUCCUGGUCUUCUUAACAAGAUAUUAGGGGCCGAGAAUGUUAUAACAUCAUGGUACAAGCUUUCCCCAAACAUGGUAAAGAUAUACCCCGAGCUUCCCACUGACUCUCCCAGGUACCGAAUCUCCCUUGCCGGGAUCAUGUCUCGGAAAGACAACCCAGACCUCCGAUUCUUCUUCCGCGGCCGUUAUCACAUGGCACUGGAGAGAACCUACCGACCCGCUUUCUACAUGGCAAUGCACUUCCAGAGCAUGCCGACCUUCAUCAAGAACAACCACCAAGUCUGGGCAGAGGUGUUCAGCCUCUCCCAAAAGGCUAUCGACAACUGUGUCCUCCUGAUCCCAAACUACUUCUAUCAGUUCCGGCACGAGUGGCUUUGGAACGUUAUCCGCGCCAGCUUCGCUUGCGCUCUGCAUAUUAUCGCUGUCGUCUUGUAUCAGCUUGAAGCGUCGCGGGAUCCGAAUACUUGGCAGCUGCGUGUGCCGCCGAAUUGGCCGGCUUUGGUAAGGAUGUCGAUUCGUACUAUGAAGCUUUGGGCAAGAGAGUCGAUUGAUCUAGAGGUUAUGAGGUCUACUCUGGAGAGGAUGUAUCAGGGGACUUGUCGAUUGGCUAAUGUGCGUCCGGAUCUUCAUUUGCUUUGA